AUGAACGGCAGAGACCGUCCCCGUGGGCCUCCGCAAGGGCCGCCGCUCAAUCGCGGAGACCUACAGUCUGAUUCGGGCUCUAGCCCAAGCACUAUGACAAGAGGGGCCGCCUUUGAGGACGAGAAGAAGCGGAUCAUUCAUAGUUGUUUCGCAAAAAAGGAUGAAGAUGGGUUAUUGCUCGAGUCUUAUAUCACCCAUGUCCGCAUCACCGAGGAUGCAGCGCACCCCUCCAGCCCUUCCCCGCCAAACGGACCACCGGAGAACAAAAAACCCCGUAUCAUUAUCAUAGCGGUUCGAAAGUCGGGCAGAGUCCGCAUACACAAAGCUCGUGAGAACAAUGAGGGGACUUACUCUAUCGGCAAGACUUGGAUGCUCGACGAUUUAACCGCAAUUCAAUCAUUUACCUCUCUUGUGCCGAAAACACCAGGAGAGCAGCAACAAAAAGAAUGGGCUGGCAAUGUAGGGUUCACGGUCACAAUUGGAAAGCCAUAUUAUUGGCAUGCCAGGACUUCAAAGGAAAAGGAUUUCUUCAUUGGGAGUUUGGUCAAGAUCUAUAGGAAAUACACCAAUGGAAAAAUACCCAACCUAAUUGGUUUUGAUGACAAUGAGCGCCAAAUGCUGGCAAGGCAUGGACAAUCGGGGCAGCCAGGACAGCCGGCGCAAUCAGCACAAUCAGGCGGCCCUUCACAUGGUCCACCGCUAAGGGGACAGCCAACACAGCCAGGACAGCUAGGCGGUCCUUCACAUGGUCCGCCGCCAAGGGGGCAGCCAGCGCAACCAGGACAACUAGGCGGUCCACCAAACGGUCCACCACCAAGGGGACAGCCAGGACAACCAGGUGGCCCUCCUAGUGGUCCACCCCCAAGGGGGCCGGGUCCAAUGCCUCAAACAUCGGACAGCCAGUUGCCCCCUUCGCUACAACCGUCCUACAGAGGUCGUGAUACCAGCCGCGAUGCUCCUCGAGAUGUCAACAGAAAGCUUUCCGAAGACCCGACCCUUCGCAAUCAAAAAAGCCGCGAGCAGAUGUCUCGGCCAUCGACCGGUUCUCGGCCAUCUACAGGACAAGGCAGACCGGCACCAUCUCCAUUCGAUAUACACAAAUCUCCUCCUCCUUCACUCCUUUCUGGGCCACCUCUGGACCACCAGCCUCCGCCACGCGCACCUGAGCGUAGCGCAGCAAAUUCAAACCCUCCGAGCUCAUUAUCAGAGCCUAGAGGGACUGAUAAUCUGAAUAUUGCAGCACAAGCCAGCAGCUAUGCCGAUAUCCCCGAGUCACUCCGCCCAUCUUCGGCUCGCAGCCAGGAUCGUGGUCCCAAGCCCCCUCCUCUUGCUACCCAGCCAGUUCCAAACAAUGGACCAGAAUUUAUGCGCAGCAAUGAUGCACUUCGUCCUGCUACUUCCAGUUCUUUCAAUAACGAUAGUGGGGAUACAGCCUCAGCCUCACGUUCUAUGCCUAGCAUUGGGCCAAAGUCUCCCCAACGUGGUAGCGGCGAGAAGGCAUUCACGUUUAAUCAGCCCUCUCUGCCUCAAGAGAGAAGCGCAUCAGAUGGCUUGUCGGCUAAACCUUCCGCGCAGCCGCGGGAACCGUCUUCGUCACCGGCAAUUGAGGGACUGGCUGCAGAGCCUGCUGCUAUGAUUGCUGCCAAUCUGCCCCCAGCAGAGCCUAUUCCGCCUUCAAUUGAAAAACCAAAGACCCCCGUCGAAACUGUUCCUGUUGGGGAUUCUCCAUCCCAAGCUUCGCCAGAGCAAGAGGCUGAACGCCCGGGACUCGGCCCUAUGGUUAAGAAAAAGGAAGGCAAAGAUAUUGCAGGGGCCUGGAGAAAGGCUGCAAAUGCUUAUAGUACUUUCAAGCCCAGGGCUGGUGGGGCUGGUGAGCGACUGCUGGCAGCCGCGAAGAAGUCACAGGCCGAUAUCGCGGGCCCUGAUGGCAUCACCAGCGUUGUUCCGGCGCCGUCUCUUACACGGUCGGCAACUGAUCCCCCACAGAGUCCAGUGGCAACAAAGUCAGAACAAGAUCUACAACUUCCCACGCCCUCUGCAGGGCCGGAAACACCGACUGUUGAGAUAACAGAGCCAGCUCCUCAGGACAUCGCGGUGGCCCCUGUUCAAACUCCUGAGGUUUCUCGUGAGAACCUCUCUGAUAUUGUUGUAAAGGUUGAAGAUCGUUCAAGAUCGCCAUCCCCGGCAGCUCAAGGACGUCGUCGCAGACGCCGUGAAGACCACACUAUGAAAUAUUGCCAAGCCCUUGGAAUCGAUCCCAGCAUCCUCGACGGACGUGGUAUUGAAUUCGAUGACAUCCUUACUGAUUUAGGCUGGAAUGGACGGUUGGCCGAUGAACAGAAGAUUGAAGAUUUGGAAGCAGAUGUUCGCCGUGAAAUUGGCCGUGUCGAGGCCACCAGCUGGCUUGGAAACCUUGAACAGCAGGAAGGAAAGGUUGAACAACUUGCAAGCCUGAUCGACAGAACGAUUGAGGAGUGUGAUGAGCUGGAUGGUCUACUAACCCUUUAUUCCCACGAACUGAACACUCUUCACGAGGACGUCGCCUAUAUCGAGGCUCAAGGUCAAGGUCUGCAGGUACAAGCGGCAAAUCAGAAGCUGCUGCAAAACGAACUCCAAACUCUUUUGAAGACACUUUCAAUAUCUUCAUCCGAGCUGGGACCACUCAAGGAGGCCUCUUUGAGUAACCCCGAUGGGUUGAAGGAUACUGAAGGCGCCCUGGCGACGUUGUACAAGGCCAUGGUCACAAUUGACUCUGACAUUGGACAAAACAAGAAACGUCAAGUCGAUGCCAGUGUCGGUGUCUAUGCUGAUACGGAAAUUGGCCAGAUGCGUGCGAUCAAACAAAAGAAGGAAGAGUAUCGCUCUACCGCAAACAUGUUCCUCGGCCGGCUGCAGCAGUUCAUGGCACUUGCCUUCAAAAUGGCGGAACAACAACGCAUUGAUUUAGCAAAUGGUGCCAAGGAUUCGAUGAAAUUGGACAAUGCCGUACGAGGGCACUUCCGUCAAGAGGUCUGGCGGUAUAACGCCCUGAUGCUGUUUGCUAAGGAGGUUAGCAUGGCAGAGUGGCAUAGCCUUGUCGGUCUCUAUGAGCAGCAGUCCAAGCUCUCGUACCAGAGCGACUUCCGUGACAAUAAUCUGGCUUGGAAGAAGACCGCACGCAAACCAACCGGAGAUGAGCAGGAACUUCUCUUCACGCACCAAGAGAAGGAGAAAGAAACCGAGGGUCUCACCAUGGCUGCACGGAAACUCACGGUGCGACGAGGCAAGACGGUGCGGGCUGCCGCAGGGCUUCGACUGGCUUCGGGCGGCGGAAAAAAAGGAAGGGCUGAGCCAUCUGAGGUAUUCGGUGGGACUCUGCGGGAGACACUGAACAUGAUGGCUCAGGAGCAGAACUUCAUUAUCCAAUUCUUCCAUCUCGAUUCUCUUGCCAGCGCCGACUUCCCCGACUUGGUAGCUGCGACCAUUCCAGAAAACCGCUCCUGUCCCGAUUUCUCUGCCAACCGGCCGCAUGACCCUGAUCGAGGAACGGCAAAGAGAGUCGAGCAGAUCAUGGAUGAGGUUUACUCAUUCUGGCCGAAUGACAUGCAGAGCAUGGUGGACUGGGCGAUGCAGGCCGAUCCCCUUCAAGGAAUUGGUAUUCUUUAUGCCCUGGAGAUUGCCAUGAACGACUUUGAUGACACGAAUCAAGAGUUCAUUCUUCAUGCGCUACAGAAGAUCCAUUCCCGCCUGAUGGGACUCUUCAACCGAUUUGUCGAUGAGCAAAUCCGAGGCAUUGAGGACACCAAAGUCAAGGUGAACAAGCGGAAGGGAGUAAUUUCAUUCAUGCGAGUGUUCCCGAACUUUUCCAAUGCGGUGGAAAGCAUGCUGUCCUCCCCGUCCAACGCCUUCUGUGACAUUCGCGUUAGUGUCAAUGACGCGUACGACCGCAUCAACCGUGCGAUGUGGGAGUCACUCAAAUUCAUUGCCAAGGAAGCACCCGGCCAACCUCCAGGUGUCACAGCGGGUGCGGGCGAUCCGGAAGACAAGGAGAUCCUGAACUAUCACAUCCUUCUCAUCGAGAACAUGAACCACUACAUCGAAGAAGUGGAUGUGCACAACAUUCCCGCGCUUGAACGCUGGAUCGAUAGGGCCCACCAAGACUUCCAGGAGCACAUGAAGCUCUAUCUUGAUGCGGUCAUUCAUCGUCCGUUGGGCAAAUUGAUUGAUUUCGUCCAAUCAAUUGACAGUCUCCUCUCCGCUGGCGGUAACCCGACCGACAUCGCAGCCCGUGCCAGCCACUCCCGCAUGGUGGCCAAGAAGGUUCUCGCCUCGUAUGAUAAUAAGGAAAUCCGCCGUGGCAUUGAAAUGCUUAAAAAGCGUGUGGAGAAGCACUUUGGCGAUGCCGAUGACCCUGGUCUUAGCCGGAGUCUUGUUAUCAAGGUCCUUCGGGAGUGCGAGAACCGUUAUGAGAGUACUUAUGACCGCACGCGGCAGAUUAUGGAAGAAGUCUACGAGGGUCAAUUGGAUCUGGACUGGCGCAAGGAAGAGACCCUUAGCAUGUUCCGGAAAUGA